CUUUAGAGACUGAAGCAAACACAAAACACCCCCAAGAGGAAGGAGAAGCAGGUAGCGAAAAUGGCAGCGACUCUCUCCAUCGCGAGCACAAUCCGUGCCUCAUCUUAUCCUUCACCCCCUUCGGUCUCUUCUCGUACGCACCUCUUCCUCUCCCGACCCAACUCCGUCGAAUUCUCGCUCCGUUCUCUCGGCGGUUCUUCCCACCGCGCCACCCACCUCCGCCCCAUUGCUGCCGUCGAAGCUCCGGAGAAAAUCGAGAAGCUUGGCACCAAGAUCUCGUCCUUAACCCUCGAAGAAGCCCGCAUCCUCGUCGACUACCUCCAGGACAAGCUCGGAGUCUCUGCCGCCGCAUUCGCUCCCGCCGCGGCGGUCGUCGCCGCUCCGGGUGCAGGAGACGGUGGUGGAGCGGCGGCUGCGGUGGAGGAGAAGACGGAGUUCGAUGUGGUCAUCGAUGAGGUUCCGAGCAGCGCGCGUAUUGCGGUGAUCAAGGCGGUUAGGGCUCUGACGAGCCUGGCGUUAAAGGAGGCGAAAGACCUCAUUGAAGGGUUGCCAAAGAAGUUCAAGGAAGGUGUGUCGAAGGAAGAAGCAGAAGAAGCGAAGAAGCAGCUCGAAGAAGCUGGUGCUAAGGUUUCUAUUGCCUAAGGGUUACAAAAAAACAAAUGUCUUGGAAAUUUUAAGGAUCCUUUUUUGUUGUUAGUACAGUUUGCAUCUUGAAUUGUCGAUUUGCUUGAGAAAUUAUUGUAAUUUGGAUCAUUUUAGAAUCGAGAGGACGCUAUCGCCGUGAAAGCCGUUGCCGAUAA